AUGGCCUGUGCUAACACUUCCUGGUCUGAAGAGCAGCCUUGUGUUGAACCAGCAGAAGUUCCCUGUGACGUCUGUACUGGGACCCAGCAGAAGGCUGUGAAGUCCUGCCUAAUGUGUUUUACCUCUUACUGCCAAACCCACCUGGAGCCACAUCAGAGAGUCGCUCGCCUGCAGAAACAUCGGCUGGUCGAGCCUAUGGACCGUCUGGAAGACUUGAUGUGUAAGAAACACGACCGACUUCUGGAGCUCUUCUGCCGGACUGAACAGGUGUGUGUGUGUCUGUUGUGCACAGUGACAGACCACAAGUCCCAUCCUGUUGUACCUCUGAAGGAGGAAUAUGAAGUGAAGACGGCCCAGCUGGGGAAGAUAGAGGCCGAAGUUCCGCAGAAGAUCCAGGAGAGAAAACAAAAGAUUAAGGAGAUCAAAGACACAGUGGAACUGAGCAACAAAGACGCAGACAGAGAAAUAGCCCAUGGUGGGCAGGUCUUCACUGCUCUGAUAGGCUGUGUUGAAAAGGGCCGGGAUGAAUUCAACCAAACGGUUCAAGAGAAACUGAAAUCCACAGAGAAACAAGCUGAAGACCCCAUCAAAGAGCUGGAGCAGGAAAUAGAAGAUCUAACCAAUAGAAGCUCAGAGGUGAAGCGGCUCUCACACACUGAAGACCACCUCCACUUCCUCCAGACCUUCAGAUCCCUGAAGGAUCCUCCACCCACCAGGGACUGGACCACGGUGGAGGUCCGUCCUCCGUCAUACAAAGGGACCUUGAGGAGAUCCCUGGAACAGCUGGAGGAGACACUGAACAUGGAGAUGAAGAAGCUGCCUGAUGAUGCUGAACUGAAGAGGGUCCAGAAGUAUGAAGUAGAUGUGACUCUGGAUCCUGAUACAGCUCAUCCCCAGCUCAUCCUGUCUGAGGAUGGGAAACAAGUACAUGAUGGAGGUGUAGUGAAGGAACUCCCAGACAACCCUAAGAGAUAUACAAAGGAUAUGUUUGUUCUCACGAGGCAGAGCUUCUCCUCAGGAAGAUUUUACUUUGAGGUCCAGGUUAAAGACAAGACUGUAUGGUGGUUAGGAGUGGCCAGAGAGUCCAUCGACAGAACAGGUGAGACAAAGUGGACCCCUGAGACGGGUUACUGGACUCUUUUGUACUACAAGGAUGUGUUCUUAUUUAGUGAUAACCCUUCUGUCCAUCUCCCUCUGAGAGCUGAGCUCCAGAAGGUGGGGGUGUUUGUUGAUUAUGAUGAGGGUCUGGUCUCCUUCUAUGAUGUGGAAGCCAGGGUUCAUAUCUACUCUGCUACUGGCUGCACCUUCACUGAGCCUCUCUAUCCAAUCCUCUAUCCAAGUUUACUUGAAAAAGGUACAAACUCUGCCCCCCUGAUCAUCUCACCUGUCAAUCAAACAGACUAGGGCCUUUGUUUGAUAAUAAAAUAAUCAAACGACCAAAACAACUAAUGUUGUUUCCUGAAUUAGAAUCUCUACUAUGUGAGAUCUGAGAGAUCUGCAUUAAUGUCAUACUGUCCUUUAAUGAGAAGAAUAUCUUUAAGAAUUAACCCUGUAGCUGUGUAACAUAACCCUUUAUAAAGGGUUAUAUUACACUCCAUUUAUGUGUCUGUUUUCCCUUUUAUUUCUCUUACACGUUUAAAGAUAUACAUUUUUUUGCAGUAAUGUAGAACAUGUUAAGAGGAUUAAUAUGUAUGAAUAAUAAUUUGAAAAUGUAAUAUAUAGUUGAAUAUUGAAUGACAAAACAAUCCAAUGUCGUGAUUUUAAUAAAAAAGAAAAGGUUAAAUAUUGUAAUGUGUGGCCUACAUUGUCAUUGUAAUGGAUCGUUUCAGGGGAAUAGACCGACUGUGUAGCCGCACCCAUUCUGCCGGCGAUGGAGAAGAGCAAUACAUUUCUUUCUGCUUCCGAUACGUUUUUGCGGGAGCCAAUCACCAAGCUGGCUUUCCCACUGUGGCUGGUUUAACACAAUGACGACAGGGAAGCGACGGCAAGCAGCC